AAAUGAGGCUCCUACAAAAUGGUUUAAAAACAUUAGUGCACAUGAAAGGAAAAUAUGUCGAAACUAAUGUCGAAUAGAUCUGUAUCUUUUGUUGAUAAAAUCGAGUUCGAUUUUCAAGGAACAAUUCACAGAAAUGCAAUAGCGUUCGGUGAUGUUGAUAAUGAUGGUGGGAAUGAACUUGUUGUUUGUAGCACAAGUGGGCAGCUCUUCGUUUACAAAGGGAGGUCUUCCAAACCAUGGAGAGUCUGUACAGAAGGUCUAGGGUGUGUUACAACGGUUCUUGUUUGCGAUGUAACAAACAUCCAUACUCAAUGUGUAUUAUGUCUGAAUACGGAUGGUUGCUGUUUUGUGUUUUAUCCCUCUGCGUUUCAAGAAAAAGGUCGUGGAAGGCAACAGGAAAAAGCAAACAGUUCGAAAAUUGAAAAGCCUGUGUCAGUCAAAGAUGCAAAAUCAUCCCCAGUCCACUCAGGAAGCAUCUUAAUAAAGCCAUCUUUCAUACAAGAGAUGCCAGCCAACCCAAAAAUGGCAACUGUCUGUGACAUUGAUGGUGAUGGACAAAUGGAGUUGAUUGUUGCAUACUCUGAUAGAUAUGUCAGAGUGUUUAAAUUCAAACAUAUCUUGCAUGAGAGGAAGCACUCAAAUUUGUUGUUGGAAAGGAAACAGUCAAAAGAUGAGUUUCAAGAUCUGAACAAAAAAAGCGAAUCCAAACUCUCUAAACAGCCCUCAAAAGAGGAAGAAGGAAAACCCAUGCUGUCAAAACUAGGAAAACAACCCUCCAAAGAUUCAGAAUCUAACAGAUCACCUUCUCCUAUGUCACCAAUAAACAGCAACAAAGAACAAAGAUUCACAUAUGACAGUUCAACUAGUGGCAGUUUUGAAAAAGUUGAUGAGUAUUAUUUGCCUGGUCAAGUUGGCUCAGUAGCUGUUGUCAAGUGUGGGGAAAGUAAAACUAAGCUAGUGGCAUCACAGCCAGGGGGAGGAUAUGUCAUUCUUGGAGAGUAUAAUACAGGGUGCCCGAAGGACUCACAGCUGUUGCAUGCAAAUUCAUUAAAGACUAAAGGAAAACCUUCAGAGCCAGAACAACUCCAUGUUUUGUAUACAAAUCAAGGUUAUCCAGGUCGGAAUUUCAAUGUGAACUGUGAGGUGACGGGAUCAAUAAAAAGGGAGAAUCAAGUCUCUGGGUUGUUUGGUCUCUUCACAGUGGAUGGUUUCUUUGCACUAGUGGAUGCAAGCUUUGAGUACAACCAUUUAUUGCCAGCAGUGAAAAUAACUGAGCAUCAGUGGUUUCACAUGAGCACAUUAGAGUUCAUGGAGGGAAAUGAUGAUGUUAUUCUUUGCUCUUGGGAAGGAGUAACAUACAUCAUAAAUAAGGACUUUGAAGUGGCUUGUUAUGAUUAUGGCUGUAAUAUUUGUGGAUUCGAUGCUGGAUUUUAUGCCACUGACUCACAGAAAAACUCCCCUUGCUUUUGUUAUGUGACUUAUUCAAACAAAGUUGUACUUUACUAUAACAUUGAUUCCAUCUAUCAAAAGUCAGAAAGACUGGAUGAAGUACUGCUAGAAAAACUCACAGGAAGGCCAGAACUGAAUGGUAUUUUAACAACGCUGGUGGAUGAAAAAGGAAAAAUUGACAACACAAAACUAAUGAAGCUGUUGCAAUCAACAUCACGAGACUCCACUUGACAGCAAGCAAAUAAUGCUGUUCUCAAUGCUUAAUAAAUAAAGUCACAACUUCUUUUUAUAUAGUAAAGUCUGACAAAAUAUAUGCUGUGCAUGUAUUGUUUUGCCCUACAAAAUCAAGUCAUAUAAAAAUACGGUUACAAAUACAAAAUAGUUGGAAGGUUUUAGAAAACUACUUAAUUAAGGGGCUGAUU